AUGAUGGGACAGAGCGUAUGAUACUGCUAGGAAAUGGGAAGUUGGCAAAUGGUUUACGCUAUAUAAAAUGACCAGCGGGAUUAUAUUUAGAUAGGGACAAUGAACAAAAGCAAUCGGGAGCAGGAUGAUGCAGACACAUUGAACACUGUUAAAGUAUUAUGUUCUAACGUCAAAUCAAUUUUAAUUCUUUCAUACAAAUAAAUUUCUAGAUAUGAUCUUCUUUUAUAUUUAGUUCUAUUGUGACCCAGUCUAGUUAAUUUGUCUAGUCUGUAUUAAAUUUGCCAUAUUAAUAUAAAGAGUGGAUAUCCGGUAUAAAAAAAUGGCGUCAUCAACUUUGUAUAUCCUCCAUUAGUCAUUGUUUUAAAUUGAGAACCAGUGACAAUUAAUGGAUGGUAGGCAUAACAAAAGAACAAAGACUAAAAAGCUGUCUGUUAAUGUAUCACAGAAACCACGGUUGCACGAUAAUGACAGUUGUGUUGAUGAGUUGAAGACAGGCAGGAACAAUGAUACAUCUUUAGAAAGUGAAGAACAAGAAAUACCUACAAUGGCACAUACCGAUAAGGAGGAUCAUUCCAAAGGUUCUGACCAAGAAGAUUCAGAUGGUGAGACAACCUAUGAAAUGAAUCGACCUACUUUACUGCGACAACUGCAAACUAUCCUAGGGGAAUACCCAGACGAUGACGGAAUAUUACGUGAAAUGGUACAGAAUGCUGAAGAUGCUGGAGCUAAUUGUAUGAAUAUCAUGUACGACAGCAGAACUAGAGAUCCCGGAGGAAAUUCUAAGAUUAAACAGUAUUUCAGAACUCCUGGUAUAUGUGUGUACAAUGAUGCCAUGUUCUCAGAUGAUGACUGGAAGGGAAUCAUCAGUAUUUAUAACAGUGUGAAAGAGAAAGAAACUUUGAAAGUUGGUCGAUUUGGUCUUGGCUUCAAAUCAGUUUUUCAUAUGACAGACAGUCCUGUAAUAAUAAGUGGCAGUAAGCUUUUGGUCAUAGAUCCGUUGAGAUCAGAAGAAAAAGAAGAGGAAUGUAGAGAAUUCAAACUGAAAGCUAUAGGAAGAAAACAUCAACCAGAAACAACACUUGCCUGUUUAAUGAAUAAGUUUGGCUUUAAUACAGAUGUUCUGAGAGAAGGUCUGUAUGAAGGAACAAUUUUCUGGUUCCCACUUCGUCAAAAAGAAUCUAAACUGUCACCAACUAUUUAUUCAGAAGAAAAAGCACAUAAUCUGUUUAAAUCCUUUAUGAAAAGGUCAACGUAUAACCUGCUGUUCCUGAAAAGUUUGGAGAAAAUUGAAAUUUAUAAUGAACAUAAUGAUUGUCCAUACUUUAAACUUGAGAUGGCAGGUACUAAUGAGGAAGAAUUUAGUAAGGCAAGGAAAAUGUUCAAAGAUGACUUGAACAAUCUAAAGAAUGAGUUACCAAGGAAAUCUAUAAUGUCACAGUAUGGAGCUGUUAUCAAGACUAAUACCACAGAAGAACAUUAUGCUGUAGUUAAUAUGCUAACUGGUGCAGACUACUUGUCAGAGCAGAUGAACCAUUUAGUAAGUGAUUCAAGUCUCCAUUAUAGUCCUUACACAGGAGCAGCUUAUUGUAUGAAGUCCAGUAUAGGAGAGAAGCCACCAGGACAUAUAUUUUGUUUCUUACCACUGCCUGUAACAGAAAAAAGUAUGACUGGCCUCCCUGUACAUGUUAAUGGUUUCUUUGACCUUGAGCACAACAGACGACACAUUAAGGAGCCUGCUGCCAAUAGUGAGUCAAGACAAACUGACCAAUCGUUGAUGUGGAAUGCUGGUAUGAUUGGGGAGUUACUACCAGAGACCUACUACACCCUCAUUGAGAUGAUGAAGACAAGGUGCAUCAAGGGAAAUAACUCUCAAGACAUGGUUGAUCAGGUGUACGUUGCAAUUCCAAAUCCAGAUGCUGUUGAGUCUAGCUGGAAAUUGGUCUUAGAAGAAUUACUUGAAAAGGUAUUGCAUAAUAAUACUUUCUUUACCAGACAGAAUGGAGGAAAAUGGAUAAAAUUUUCUGAAGCAUUGUUCAGUGUAUUUGACCCUGUAAAAAAUAUAAACCAGAAGACUAAGACAACUGUGAAGAAAUUACUGUUAGACUGUGAGGAGAAUUUGGUGGAGUUACCAGAUCAUGUGAUCACCAUGCUGAAAUAUACAGGCCACGAACCACAGUCAGUUACACCACAAACAGUAAGGGAGAAACUGAAAAGUUCUGAGUGUUGGAAGACAUAUCCAAGAGAAGAAAAAUUAAGGCUUUUGUCCUUUGUUCUGGAAGACUGUAAUUAUACAGAUUUGAACAAUUUAGAAAUUUUACCAUUGAACAAUCAAGAGUUUGUUCCCUUUAGUACAGGAACUGAUGUAUAUGUGAUCUGUGAUGAGACAGCUCAUUUGUUUCCUGGCUUAGAGGAUCAAAUUAUAUCUGAAGGUUCAGUGACUGAAUAUAUAUGGACUUGUUUAUCCAAGAUGGCAAAAAAAGAGUUGUUUCAACUGAGAUGUAUAACAGAUGAAUGCUUGCCUAAUGUUAUACAGAAAGUCUAUGACAUCAAUUUUAUUAGGAAACAGAAUGGCCGCUUUGUUCAAACAUCACAGUCAAACCUCGGAAUUGAUUGGAUACAGAAAGUAUGGAAAGAAAUAUCUAAAAGAGAAUAUGAUAAUCUCUCAUUGUUUGAAAGCAUACCUGUUAUAGUUGUUGGUCCAGAUGAUGUAGAAGACAUUAACAGUAGUACAAUCGAUGAGAGCCUAGUGUUAGAAUAUGUUAAUUUGAAAGGAAGGUAUAUGCUUUCUAAAUUUGACAAUCAUGAACCAUUGUUAGCAGCCUUGGAGAAGGUGGUUACCCUAACUAAAGUAGAAAUUUUCCAUCCAAAUCAAAUGAUUAAAUUUCCACAUACAGAUGUUAUAGGAAAAUAUAUUCAACUUCCAAUUAUAGAUAAUAUAUUGAAUUGUUUUAAAAUGGCUGCAUUAUCAAGCAGACAUCAGCAAAUUGCCAGAGAGAUAAACGAGCAAUGUUCUGACAAUGAAAAGACAGAAUUGGUACAGUUCCUUACAAAUCAUCAUUCAGAUAUUCCAAGAGAAGCAUACCAAUUUCUACAGAAAUUAGAUUUGUUCUGUGAACAUGACAAUGUAUCAGUGGCUGAGAUGGUGUCUUUAGAGGACAACAAAUUCACAUUGAAAGACUUUAUGUACCCUGAAGGUAUCAGUUACCCCAGAAAAUACUUGGAGAGAGAACAUGCAGAAUUGGCUAAACUUCUUGGGGCAACUGAUGUAGAAGAAAUUGAAUGUGUUGACCACACACUUGAUUUAAUGUUAGAAAACAGUAUCAAGUAUUCUGUUGAUGAUUACACAGGAUUGAUGAUAUACCUACAAGGUAGACCACCAAAGGUAUUAAAUCAUGUUCUUGAGAAAGCAAAGUCUUUGAAGUUUAUGCCAUGUGGAAAUGGAAAUCUACACUCUGUAAAUAACCUGUUCGAUCCAACAUCAAGCUUCCUUAAGAACUUAUUUUAUGGUCAGGAAGGCUUAUUUCCAAAUGAAAACUUUAUACAAGAAAAUGGACUGAAUCAAUCGUUUUUGCAAAACUUGGGACUAAAAACUGAAGAUAACAUUUCUUCAGAAGAUUUAUUCCAGGUAGCAACCAGUAUACAAAUGCUUGCAAAUGGUAUGGAAGAGAAAAAAUACAUUAAAGCUGAAAGUUUAAUUUCAUAUCUGAAGAGGCAUGAAUACAAGACAUCAAGUAGCAAUGCAUUACAUAAGAUUAAGGGUAUACAAUGGGUCCCUAUUGAUCAUGAAAAGCCUGACGACUACCCUGAUGGACUUGGAUGGUAUGGCGGUAAAACAUUCUGUUCUCCUGAUGAAGUUAAAAGCAUGCAAUUCAAAAACUUGAUUGGAACAGUUAGUCCAUUGGUACGAGUAGAUUUGUUCUCAAAACAGAUUACUGCUUGUUAUAAGUGGUGUGAACAACCAGAGCAAAAUGAUGUUGUUGAACAUUAUAGAAAUGUUAUUAAAUCAUAUGAGGCAAGACAGAACUCGGAAUAUCUACAUAUAACCAAGCAUAUCAUCAGUUACAUCUAUGAACUAUGGAGAGCAGGCAAUUUGAAUAUUGAAACCACCAGAAAGCUAAAUGAAAUGAAAUGUAUUCCAACAAACUGUCAAGGGUUCAAGUCUGCAAAUAUUGUUGUUCAAGAGAUUGUAAAUAAACACAUAAUUUACAUUCUAGAACCAUACAUCUUUGAACUAGCUAGAGAUGUUGCAGAUUUUGGUGAACUAUUUCUUGAACUUGGAAUAAGGAGAGAGGUAAAUUUUGAGGUAUUGGAGUCACUUCUUCAGCAAAUUUCUGAGAAGUAUAUGUUGGACGAAACGACAGGAGGAGACGGAAUUGAACUUGAAAAAGACCAAAUAUUAACACAUAAUAUAUUAAAAUCAAUUAUCGCCAUGGAGAUAGACAAGUCAGAAUUGACAGAGUUACUGAUCCCAAUUAAUUCAUAUAGGGAAGAUUGUAUUGUAUUUGAAAAAGUAGAAAAUUGUACUUAUACAUCCGGGAAAAGUCCAUUUUCAACGGCAAUAUUUCUAGAGAAUGACAAUGAUGAUGAUGAGGAGGAAAAAAUCAUAUAUGUUCAUCCAUCUAUAAAUGAAUUAGCAUCAAAACUUGGUGUAGCUUCUGUCACGAAGCGAUUCAUUUACACCCAGAAUACUGGAGUGUUGGCAUGGGGACAGGAAGAGAAGUUGACAACAAGGAUUUCUGGACUACUAGAUAGUUAUACUGAUGGUCUUGCAGUUCCUAAGGAGCUUGUACAAAAUGCUGAUGAUGCGGGUGCCACCAAGGUAUGCUUCCUUUAUGACGAAAGAGAAAACAGAGAUUGGAGAAAUGGACUUUUUGAUCAAGGAAUGGCUGAAUGUCAGGGACCUGCUUUAUGGGUCUACAAUGAUGCCAUAUUUGAAGAAAAAGACUUCAAAAAUAUCAUAGAACUUGGUGGGAAGACAAAAAUUUUGGAUACAGAAAAGAUUGGCAAAUUUGGACUUGGGUUUUGUUCAGUAUACAAUGUUACUGAUGUUCCAAGCUUUGUGAGCAAGAACACAUUAGUAGUUUUGGACCCCCAUUUACAUCACCUUGGUGAAGCAGCCAUUGGAACAAAUCCUGGUUUGAGAGUACCACUAACCAAAAGUUAUAGGAAAAAUUUGUCCAACCAGUUCAAGCCAUACAAUGGUAUUUUUGGAUGCAACCUGGAGCCGAACAACAAAGAUGAAUAUAAUAAAACUUUGUUUCGUUUACCUUUGAGAACACAGAAACAGGCAUCAGAAAGUGAGAUAAAAGAUCUGCAGUAUACAAAGAGGGAAGUUGUUGAGCUCUUGCAAAAGUUUUUAGAUUCAGUAGCAAAUUUACUUUUGUUUACUCAGAAUGUCAAAGAAAUAUGUGUUUACCAUCUAAAUUCAAAAAGCCAAAAUCCAAAUGAAGAUAAGAAAUUGUUGUUUCAGGCAUGGAAAGAAAACACAGAAAAAUCAGCAGAGGAAAAUGAAUUCAACAUUCUGAAGAAAGUUACAUCUGCAAUGAAAGGUGAACAACCAAGUGAAAUUAAAUUUCCAGUUCAAAUUAUAGACAUUGGCAUUGAGGUUUCCAGUGAAGCACAAGAAAUAUCUAAGGAAUUUCGUUCUUCUAGAGACAUUACUUCAUGGAUCAUUUCAUGGGGCACAGGAAAUAAAACAUUUGAGCUUGCCAACAAAUUAAAACAACAGGGUGCUAUUCCAGUGGGAAGUGUUGCUGUACCAAUAAGACGGGAUGGAAGCAAAUUGAUAUCUUUCAUGGAUAUGAAUGAGCUCCCAAAAGGAUUCUAUUCUAAGAGCAGAAUGUUCUGCUUUUUGCCCCUGCCUGUGGAAGCACAGGUACCAGUACACCUCAACGGAUAUUUUAUGGUAGAACAGGACAGAAAGAGCAUUACUAGGUACAACCAAGAUGACAAAACAAAUGAUACUAGUUACUGGAAUGAUGCAAUGUUAGAUAAUGUUGUACAAAGUGCCUACAUCAAUUUAUUAUCAUCAGUAGCAUGCAGAUCAAAUGACCCAAUUGUUGAAACUGAUUAUUGGAAAGUUUGGCCAAGAAUGACUCCAAUGAUGAAUCAGGACAUGGUUUUACUGGCCCAGUCAUUUUACAGAAGUAUUAUAAUGAAAGAUGAUAUUGUGUUUUACAGAAGAAAUACUGGAAUUGGCUCAGGAGUUAAAUGUUCUCUUAGUCAGGCAGUUGUCCUAGAUCCUGAAUUCAGAAAUUUGGGAGAAAAUGGUCAAAUAGCAUUUGAUUGCUUGUUGGAGUUCUAUCAGGACAGCUGUAUUAUCAUAGAUAUGCCUUUGGACAUUUAUAUAAACUUUGGUGAAAUUCCUGGUGUAGAUAUCAACAGACUGAAAAGCAGAAUCAUUUCCAAGACUGACUUCUAUAACAAAUAUUUCUUUCCUAACUUGAAAGAAGAUUAUUGGCAGCAAUUAGACAGAAGAAAAGAACGCGACAUAUUAGUUAUUGGAGCAAUAGAGGAUAAAGAAAUGCACGAUCUUGUCAAAAGAUAUGAGUGUAUACCAGUGCAAAUGUCAAAUAGGCUAAGAAAGCCUUGUGAAUUAGUUCUGGAAAAGGGACCAGUCAGUGCCAUGUUUACUGUAGAGGAUGAAGUGUUUCCUGAUGUCUCAUUAGAAUGCUACACUUCGAUACUUAUCAAUAUGGGAAUGAUGGAUGAUAUAAUUUCAUCAAAAUUGUUGAUGGAGAGAGCUAGAACAGUUGGAACUUUAUGUAAGGAAACUGCCUUGGCUCGAUCAACAGCAAUUUUGAAAUAUUUGAAUACGAACAUGCACUUGCAUUCUGAUGCAGCAGAAAAUCUGAAAAACAUCCCCUUUUUACCAGUUUUGAAAAUUCUUGAUGGAUGGCCACUUCCUUGGAAAGCAGAUGAUUUAGAACCAGAAGAAUAUCUCUUUCCACCUUGUCAAUUAUUUUCAUCUAACGACAAGUUUGUUAUUGGAUCAGUUGGGUAUGUGUUAGAUCAAUCUGUAGGUGAUGUUGAACAAGCUGUUAUGGAGAGCAUUGGAAUUAGAACUGUUCUCAUUGAAAACGUAGUUGAACAGAUCAAUGUUCUUGCAAAUUCAAACUUGCAUUCUUCUGUUGGAUUGGAAGAAACGUGUGAAAAGUUGUACAAAAGACUGAAUGAUCAAUUACUGUUUGAUUCUACAAAUCUGAUGGUUGUCAACAGUUUGAAAGACUUUCAACACAAGAGAAUUGUGAAAGUAGAGUCUGAUAUGGUGGAACCUAUUAGAGUGGCGUUAAAUCUGAUAGGAUCAUGUUCCCCUUUCUUGUAUGAGAUGCCGAGAAACUUGAAACAGUACAAACUUCUAUGGAAAUAUGUUGGGAUACCACAUUGUUUUGAUGAAAAUACUUUUAUUGGAAUGUUGAAAGAACAUCUUAAAUUAAAAGGCGAAGAGCAAAUAACACCAGAGGAGACCCAGGGUAUAAUGUAUAUACUCAAAAACUUAUCUACGUAUCAUCCUGCUCCACCAACUGGUAUGCCAGAAGAAAAAAAGAAAGUAAUAUUCAUCCCUGAUCAGAACUGUAUUUUGCGUUCAAUGUGUGAUGUGUGUUAUGAUGACCCAGAUUUUGACUACGAAGAUGAAGAUGUUUACAUAGUUCAUGAAGAGGUUACACAACAUAUCAUCAAAGGUCUUGGAAUCAUGUCAAAACGUCAUUUGUAUCUAUCAAGGCAUUCAGAUUCCAUACCCUUUGGACAGAAGGAGAAACUUGUCAUAAGACUUAAGGGUAUUAUAGAUGCAUACCCAAAAGACCAUUCCGUCUUAAAUGAACUGUUACAAAAUGCAGAUGAUGCCAAAGCAACAGAAAUACAUUUUGUAUUUGACCAAAGACAACUAGGAACUAAGGAUAUAUUUGAUAAGAAGUGGGGGCCUGUUCAAGGCCCAGCAUUAUGUGUAUUUAACAAUGCCUGCUUCACAGCAAAAGACUUGCAAGGUAUUCAAGACUUGGGAGAGGGAAGUAAGUCGGGUGAUCCUUCAAAAACUGGACAAUUUGGUGUUGGAUUCAAUGCUGUAUAUCACUUGACCGAUGUACCCUCCUUCUUAACUCGUGGACAGGACACUCCAGACGGUGGAACAUUUUGUGUAUUUGAUCCACAUUGUUCAUACCUACCUGUUGCUCAACCUGAAAAUCCUGGAAUGAGAUUAAAACUUGAAACAUUUCAGUCGAAAUAUGGAGAUGUCUACAAAGGGUAUUUACAAGAUAAAGUUAAAGCUGAUACGGGGACAUGGUUUCGUCUACCCCUUCGUACUCCUGAAAUGGCGAGAAAGUCUGAAAUUAGCUCCAAAUCAUUUUCAAAAAAAGAUAUGAACAGUUUAAUAGAAAAAAUUAAGUCACAAACGAAGGCAAGUCUUUUGUUUCUGUCAAAUAUUAAAAAGAUCAGCAUUUCUUACAUUAAAGAAAACUGCAAUGAGCUGUCAGAUACAUUUAGUGUUUGCUUGUCAGUGUCAGAUUCAGACAUUGAGAAUGUCAAAGAUUUUUCAGCUCAUGUUAUAACAGAAUCCAAAAUGAUCAUGUCAAAAGAAAAAACACUAAAUCAGAUUAGUAUAAAGGAAGUAAGAUAUACAGCAACUUUAGAGGAUAAUAAAAAUAAUUCUGACACCUGGCUUAUUGUCCAAGCCUUUGGGUUCAACGAAGGAGAUGCAGUAGCUGAAUCUAUUUUGACAGCUGCUUCGAGUGGAGAGUUAGGAUUCUUACCAAGAGGUGGUACAGCCAUGAAAGUGGUCAAGAAAAUUGAAGAUAAUCAAAGAGGGUUACCGUACACAUACAUUCCAGACAGUCGUGAUGGCAAUGCCUUCUGCUUUUUACCAUUGCCUAUUAGAACAGGGCUUCCAGUUCAUAUAAAUGGUCAUUUUUCGGUUUAUGCAAACAGGAAUGGACUUUUCGGAGGUAAUUCCGCCACACCUAUAGAUGACAAUAGAAUCAAAUGGAACAAUUUGCUACUACGGCAAAAUGUGGCAUUUUCUUAUGCAAGCUGCUUAGAAUAUUCAAAAGAAGUUCUUCCAAAUCUGUUGAAUACUUACAAAAACAUUGAUAUAUUGAAAAUUUUCUUUUCCAGUUUCCCCGACCACAAUGUCACAGGAGCCUAUUGGAAAGAGCUUGUAAAUGCUAUUUAUAAAGACAUACACAAAAGAGCAUUGAAGAUUUUUCCAAUAUACCCAAAGUACACAAAUUCUGUACAGAAGAUGUCCUUGUGUAGUCUACAAGGAGAACUUGAGCAAGACGAAAUAGACUGGAUUCCUUUAGAGACAGAAGGUCAUACAUUUAGAGCUUGUUUUGAUAAUUUGACCUCUUUUUAUCAACUAAAUGAACAGGAUUACAAAUCAAAAAAUGGACAAAUUCUUCUUCAAAGACAGGAAAUUGUAGUAAGACAGAUCUUAGUGGAUUCAGGAAUGAAGUUGAUAUGCAUACCAUUAUGGAUUUUUAGAAGUAUUUCUAAAGCAUUUCCAGUUGAUUGUUUGUCCAGUAGCAGUUCUGCAUCUGAUUUAAAGUGUGCAGUUGCAGAUGUUUUGACAUUUGAAUAUGCUGAUAAAUCAUCAGAAAUAGUAGUUAACUUUUUCAGGUCAUGGAACACUGGAAACAUAGAUAAAUGUAGGAUCAGUGAUGUAAACAUUCCACUCAGAGAAUCUAUAUUUCAGUCCGUUGAAAGACUUUCAUCUUUUCUUCAGUUUUGUUUGAAGUUGGGAAUUGAAUGUCCAGAAUUUGAAGGACUUCCAUUGAUGUUAAACAAUUCUGAACAAUUGGUUUGUUUCUCACCCUGCACAACUAUCAUGUCAGAGUUCUGUAACUUGCUCCCAUCAUCUAGCGCCAUGUUUGUUCAUGAUAGGUUGGUAGUUCCUUUAUGCAAAUUCAAACAGUUCUUCAAGUGUCUUGAUGUUGGAAACUUUUGCUCAGAGCUUCUCCAUUCAGUAGAUGAACAGUAUUGCCAACAGCAUGGGCCCUUGCCAUGGGACAGCUCACAGACAUAUCUCCCAAAUGAUGCAUGGAUGCUAAUGUUCUGGGAGUUUUUGAAGACUGUUCCUUCAAUAUCAGAGCUUAGUAAUUGGUGUCUUUUCCCGGUAUUAUGGUAUCAAGAAGAGCUAGUUCUUGUUUCUUUUACUUUGGCGUAUACAGUUGUUAACUAUUACAGCUUUGAUCAGCAAUUGAUUGAUGACAGGAAUAUUGUUUCAUUACUGAAAAAGCUUUCAAUACCAAGUUUGUCUCUAUACAACGAAUUUUCAAACAAGGCAUGUGAAAUUGUAGCAUCUAAACAGCAACCAGAGAAACUAGCCAGGUGUUUAGUAUUCCAUACAAAAGCUUUUACUAAUACUUGUGUGACUCAGGAUGAAUGUAAUAGACUUGUUACCUUCUUAGCUACAAAUGUUAGUGGAAUUGGAUCAAUUGUCAGAGAGAACCUCAAACAGCUGAAGAUAUUUACAUCAAUUUUUGGCGAAAUAGUGAGUGUUGAAGGAUUUAGUGUCUUGGUUGUUGACAUUGAUAAUAGCAACAUUGUUCUUGAUGGUUUGGCAGAACAAGCAAAUCAUUCUAACAUUCUUCUAUUGAAGCACAAUGCCUUUCAUGUAGAUUUGUAUAGAGUCCUACAGUUUAGAGUUUGUAAGAUACUACAGGAUGAACACAAAUUGCUGGAGUUUUACAGGAUCUUUGUUCUGCCAAAUUUUGAAAUUUUACCAAGGAAUUUACAUCUUCUACAUUUGACUUUUAUAAGAGAUAGACUUAUCAGAAGUGAUUAUCUUAUGGAAGCUUUGAGAGACUUGCAAUUUAUUCCAUCUACAAAUGGAAAUAUACUAAAGAAGGCAUGUGAAUACUUUAGUCCACACCACAAAGUCUUUUCAAGUCUUUGUAAGCCAUCGGAAUUGCCACCACAUCCAUUUAACAGCAUAUCAUGGAGAUGUUUUAUGGAAUUUGCUGGAAUGAAACUGGAAUUGACUAAAGAACAAUUCUUAGAAUUUGCUUGCCAUAUACAGAAUCAAGGUCCAUCAGAAUUAUCUGAAAGUCAGUCAGUUGAACUUGUUAAAUAUUUGUUUUCUAAGCAGAGGCUCGCAAAGGACAUGGAGUUUUUGAGAAAAAUUAGAGAAAUUCACUUUAUUAAGGCAUAUGUAGUGCCAUUGGAUUGUUCUACAAUAAGCCCUCAGCUUUCAGUCAAUAAACUUAUAGCUUUUAGUGGAUCUCUUCCUAAUAGGCACUUCAGACUUGCUUGGACAAUGCAAAACAUUUUGCCUGCUUAUGCCAGCACAUCAAACCCUGUAUUAUUAGAAAGUUUGCUUAUCCAAAGAGAACCUGAGAUAAAUACUGUUAUUUCACAUGUUCACAAUGUUUGUUAUUCACUUGAACAGAAACGAUAUACAAAUGAAAAAACAAUGUUUGUCAAAGAUUUAAUGACAACCAUUUAUGAUUAUAUCGAGGCUUUACCAAUGAAAACUUUAGAACAGAUGAAACCACAGCUAGCAGAAACUCCAUUUAUACACAUUGUUGAACACAACACAUUUAUGAAAGUUAGAAAUGUCAUCUUAAAGGAGGGAAAAAACUACGAAAUACCACCAUAUUUGCUUGUAGGAUCUGAAACCUAUGGAAAAUAUUUUACAUUAUUCAGGACACUUGGGGGUAAAAAUCAUGCAUAUUUGGACCAUUACUUUCGAGUUCUAGCAAGCAUCAAAGAAGAAGCAGGUGAGAAAACACUAGUUGCAAGAGAAUUGGAAUGUACAGAAUCCGCUGUUCGUGGUGUUCUUUUUGUGCUACAGUCUCUAUCUGAUACACCACAGGUUGAAGAAUCUGUGUUCUAUCUGUUAAGUAGUGAAGAUAAACUUUUCCCAUCUUGUGAACUUGUUUAUGCUGACAGACCUUGGCCAGUUCAACAUCGACUUAAGAAUCAAAAUGAGAUUAAGUUUCUUAAACAAAUGGAUCAAUUCAAAGAUGUAGGAUUAAAUGUAGAUCAUUGCUUGUCAUUGCUGCCAGCUACCAUGCAGCUAAAACGGUUAAGCUCGGUUGUUAGAGAAGAACUGCUUACAGAUCAGAACAUUGUUCAAUGGGAAGUUGCUGAAAAAUUACAAUAUUUUCUCACCAGUGAAAUAUUUGUAUAUGCUAUAAAAAGGCUAGUGAAAACAAAGAACAAAAACCAAGGUAAUAAAGACAUUGACGACAGUACUUUAGAAAACAUAUCCUCAAGUGUAACAUCAGUUAGAAUUGUUACCCUCCAAGAUGUUAAAACAGUUUUAGUUUAUAGAAAUGAACAAAUAGCAUCAAGUGCAGAAGAAAGAAUAUUUUACCAUAAGAGGGCUGAAAACAUUGUGUAUGUGAAAAGAUCUGAUUUGGAAAUGGGUGUAUGGCUAAAAAAAAAAAUACUACGUCAUGUUGUAAAAGUAAUAGUAAGAUUAUGUAUGGAUCGAGUAGAAGCAGAAAAAUUACAAACUGUUCUGUUACAUUAUGAUAACAAUUUUAAAGAGAUGGAAGAAUUGUUAGAUGAUUUACAAGCUGUUGCAUUGGAUUCCAAGCCUGUAUAUACAUCAUGGAUUCCUUUACCUGGUUCUCCUGUCCCACUUGAUUGUCUGGAUUCUUUAGUACAGGACUUGGUUAAAUUUUCACCUGGGGAUUAUGCUGUUCAUGAAAUAUUCGACAAUAUAGACGAUGUUGUAGAUAGUAAGGACAUAGCCAGAAUUUACAUAUAUGUAAAAAUUAUAGAACAGCUAAUUGAUGGUCAAUUCCCAUUGUAUAAAGUUGAUGUUGGAGAAGGACAAAGUAAAGAAGUUCAUUCGUUCCUACUUUAUCAGAUACAAAGAAUGAAGAAUCAAGAGAUGGGAUUAGAACUUCAUACACAUGUGCAUGCUGGGUACAAUAUAGGAACUAAGGAUAAAAUAAAACAACAAAUUGAGGAGACACUUGUUGAUGCAUGGAGAUUAGGACAGGACAAGUUCAAAAAGGUCUACAAACGAUUACUGCUUCAAUGGCAUCCAGAUAAAAAUGAUGAUUCCAAAUUUUGUUGUGAGAUAACACAGCAUAUUAUUGAUUUUGCUAACCGUUUGAAUUCUCGUAAGAUGGACAUUUCAAACAUUCCACAAUACAGGGAAAGAAAAGGCAACUCAUAUGGUGGGAAUUGGCAAGCAUAUAAUGAUACUUGGAACGAGCAUGUAAGUAAGGCUAGAACAGCACCAAAUGAACCCACAAGAGAGCAGUGCUAUACAUUUGACGUAAAUGGAUAUGCGGAUAGGGUACGACACAGACACAGUCACAGUCACAGUCAAAGAGAUUAUAGCAAUACUAAUUAUCAUUACUCUGGACACCAUCCUAAUAAUAAUGAUAUAUAUCGUCCAGAUCCACAACCUAAGAUGGGAAGGAUUUGGUUGAAACAGGCAAAGAACGAUAUUGCUACUGCUAGAUCAUUACUAAACACAGCAACAGAACAGUCCUUUAACUGGGUGUGUGUGAUAAGUCAGCAGGCAGCAGAAAAAGCUUUAAAAGCCAUCCAAGUUUGUGAAGAUGCUAAGCAAGUCAGCAAAUAUCAUUCCUUGAUAACACCAGUUUGUUUGAAAAAUCCAACACUGAAGCAGGCUGCUGAGGAGUUAGAGAGUUGUAUUGGUGACUACUCUAAAAUGAGAUAUCCAAGACCUGUAUUUUUCCCAAGUACGCCAUCAGAUUUAUACAAUCAUGACGAUGCUACAGAAACAUUAAAAUGGGCUGAAAUUAUUGUUAGCACAGUUGAUGAUAUGAUGUAACUAGUUUAAAUUUGUUUUGCUUAAAUGUGGAUAAUUUUUUUUUAUAUUAAUAUUGUUUUUUAGCUAUCUUACCUAUUAUUUUGGCAUUUGGGAAUCACUAUUGUUAUAGAUUUAAAAACUUCUCUAACUAAUCCAUUUGGCAUGUUGAAUGAGGAC